AUGGGACCAGUCGGCACCGGUGGUCCAAGAACGGCAGACGAGUCGAGUUAUCUGGACGACAUGGUUAUUGGAAUUCUAGGACGUGAUCAGCAACUCAUCAAGUUUUCAAACCCAUGCCUCCUGGGAUAUCUCUUCCCUACCCUCUACCCCAAAGGUCGAGGAUUCUUUUCAAAGGAUUAUGGCGGCAUCGAGGGCGAUCAGAAUCAGAGAAUACAAUAUUAUGACGAUAAUAUUGAUAAACAUUUAGUGGACAAGAAUGAUUACCAUGAAGAAGAUGUUGAAGGAUAUAUAUCGCGGUCGAGUUCUGAUGGCGAAAAAAGUGACGAGAACGAUGAAAGCGAAGAGGCUGAUAUUGGACCAGGCGGCGAAACCAAGUACUCCAAGUACACGAUCAAGAGCUAUGCCAAGUUUCGCCUGCUGAGUGUGGAUAGACGCUGGGGCCGAAAUGUCAAGUUUAUCCUGAUGAUGUUCGAUUGGAUCCAGAAAUCUGCCAUUUUUAGUUAUCAGAUGCGCCUCGCCUCCACCACGACUGCAGGCAGAGCUACUCGAACCUAUGACAUCUUGGAGCGCUCAAAUAAUGGACAAAGGACAAAGUACCGGGAAUCUCGCACCGUUGCCAUACCUCCGUUUAUCCGAACUGGCGCCCAGUACAAGAAUUUACUGUUUCAGAAAUUUUCGGCCCUUUUCGAAGAAUUUGGCACCCCGGAGUUAUUCGGAACGUUCACUUGUGACAACCGAAGUGCUGGUCAAGUCGCCCUUGCCGAGCAUUUUGGUGGUCCUGGGGCCAAUACACAUGACGAUCCUGUUCUUUUCACUAUGCACUAG